CUAAAACAAAAAAAAAAAAAAAAUUCAGAAAGCUCUAUUAAAUUAAAAAUACAAGAAUAAUUUAUUAAUAAUAAUAAAUGCUUAAAAUUGAUUUUUUAAGUGACACAGACCUUGAACAAGUUACAGAAAUACCGGGAAGCCGGAGGCGGGAGGGUGCCCUGAUCUCAAUACCCAAUAGACAUGAGUUUAAAAAGGGUAUUAUCCACAACUCCUUUCCGCCCAUUCCCUCCCAUGAUCAGAAACUAUCUAGACUCGACACAAAAAACUCCCUUUCAAUCAGACGCACCCCAUGUACCAAAAGCAUCUUCCUUUUUGGCCACUGAGCUUAUGAAGUCUUACCUUCAAAAGGGUUUAAUUAGAGAAGCACGCACCCUGUUCGAUGAAAUGCCUGACAAAGACGUGGUUGCGUGGACUGCCAUGAUUGCAGGGUAUGCAUCUUGCAACGAGCACGCUUAUGCGUGGUGUAUGUUCUGUAAUAUGGUAAGGAAUGAAAUGAACCCAAAUGCAUUUACUGUAUCAAGUGUGUUAAAGGCUUGUAAAGGCAUGAGAAGUCUUCCUUGUGGGGUUGUGGUUCAUGGGUUUGCUAUUAAGCGCGGCAUACGAGGGUGUUACGUGGAUAAUGUACUAAUGGAUAUGUAUGCUACUUGCUCCGCUAGCUUGAGGGACGCAUGCAUGGUUUUUCACGGUAUUGAGUUGAAGAAUCAUGUGUCAUGGACGACCUUGAUCGCUGGUUACACUCAUAGAGGUCAUGGCCAUCAUGGACUUCAAAUCUUCCGGCAAAUGUUACUGGAGGAAGCAGAUAGCAAUCCGUAUAGCUUUUCAAUCGCUAUUAGAGCUUGUGCUUCAAUUGGUUCGCAGAGUUAUGGCAAACAAAUACAUACGGCAGUAAUUAAACACGGUUGUGAAUCCAGUCUUCCCGUCAUGAAUUCUAUAGUAGACAUGUAUUGUAGGUGUGGUUGUUUAUCUGAAGCAAAUCAGUAUUUCAAUGAGAUGACUCAAAAGGAUUUGAUCACAUGGAAUACGGUAAUAGCAGGAUAUGAAAGAUCCGAUUCUGGUGAGUCCCUUUUCAUAUUUUCACAAAUGGAGUUUAAUGGUUUUAGUCCAGAUUACAUCACUUUUACUAGUGUAAUAGCAGCCUGUGCUAAACUAGCAGUUUUGAGUUGUGGACAACAGAUUCAUGGAGUCAUUAUUUGCAGAGGCCUGGAGGGGGAUGUGGCAUUGGCUAAUGCCUUGAUUGAUAUGUAUGCCAAGUGUGGUAGCAUAGCAGACUCGUGCAAAGUUUUUAGUGAAUUGUCUUGUAAAAAUUUGGUUUCUUGGACCUCUAUGAUGAUUGGAUAUGGGGCUCAUGGAUAUGGAAGACAGGUUAUUGAGUUGUUUGAUUGCAUGAUUGAAUCAGGUAUCAAACCUGAUCAGAUAGUGUUUAUGGCAGUUUUGAGUGCUUGUAGUCAUGCUGGACUUGUAGACCAAGGCUUGAGGUACUUCAAUUGUAUGAUGGAUGAUUAUAACAUCAAACCAGAUCAUGACGUUUAUGGGUGUGUUGUGGAUAUGCUAGGCAGAGCUGGGAGAGUUGAGGAGGCCUAUCGACUGAUACAGAGCAUGCCUUUCAUGCCUAAUGAAUCUGUUUGGGGUGCACUUCUUGGUGCUUGUAAAGCACAUUGCCUUCCAAAUUUGGGCAAGUUGGCAGCUAAGAAAGUAAUGGAUUUGAGGCCACAAUUGGCUGGGACUUAUGUGAUGUUAUCAAAUCUAUAUGCAUCUGAAGGGAAGUGGGGAGAAUUUGCAAGAGUGAGAAAGUUGAUGAAGGGAAUGGAAACAAAAAAAGAGGUUGGAAGGAGUUGGAUUGAGGUAAGAAAUGGGGUUUAUAGUUUUGCUGUGAGAGAUAAGGUGAGUCCUCGUGUAGAGUGGGUAUAUGAAGUUUUAGAGUGUUUAAUUCAGCAUAUGAAAGAAGCAGGUUAUACACCUGAUAGAGAUUGUUUAAUGCAUGACCUGGAAGAUGGGACAUGAAUUGAAGUCGACAACAGCAAAAAUGUAGGUAAAGCUUCCCAGUUUAUUGACCGAUUCCUGUAUGUAUCCCUAAAUUGUUGUAAAGGCAACUCAACUCACUAAGUAUUAAUCACAAAAUGGUUGGAAGAGGCUAU